UCAUAAAAAGAGUAUAAAAGAGAUUUAUGUUUUACGGCAAAAGCCAGUGUGUUGCGAGCUGUAAACGAAUAAAGGUUACAGAAGAACACGCUCUGGAUUACAAGGUUGACUAUUGAAGAGUGACCUUACAAUUGGUGCCGAAACCGUGGACUGUUUUUAAACAGUAACGGUACAUACCAGCUAACGCUCGUCCCGGAUUAAGGGAGAGGUUGAUGUUAGAGUGGUUGUUCACUGGGGACAUGACGACACCAGGUGACAACACUAGUAGACCGUCGGUGGAAACGACACCGCAGGGGACGGCGCGUGGAGCGACAGCGCCGACUGUUCUAGACUCGCGGCAAAUUGCCAAGGAGUUUAGCGAUCUGAAGAUCGCAUCGGACAGUCGUCCACCGAUAUUCACCGGCAUGGUGAAUGACGCUGUAGAUGAGUGGUUACGCGAGUUUAACCGCUAUGCUGCAGCGUUAGAAUGGGACGAGCGCAAGAAGUUGCGCCAGGUUCCAUUGUGCCUGAAGGAGUUUGCCGGGCAGUGGUGGGAUCACACCACCAAGGACGGGACGGAAAGCUUCACGAGUUGGGCAACGUUCGAGACGCAGUUACGCGCUCGGUUCCGCCCGAAGGACCUCAUUCUACAAUACAAACGCGAGCUACGUAGGCGACGUCAGCAACCAGACGAAGAUAUCGCGACGUACUUCAACGAGAAAGUAACGAAAUGUUACUUGGUCAACCGAGAGAUGAAGGAUGAGGAUGUCAUCGAACAGGUUAAGGAUGGCCUGCUCGAUCGUUUCAACACGAUGGUCGUGUUGUCACAGGCGAAGACUCCCCAGGAGUUUUAUGGGGAGCUAACUAUGGCGCAAAACGCGCUUCGCCGGAGGGAUCAACGGGAAUGUGACAAUGCUAAAACGACGGUGGCCACGACAGGGCAUCCGAAGCCGUCAAAUAGGUUCGGACCACCGAAGCGUCAGGAAUGGCGCAGUCGCACGUUCGGACGGAACCCGUCUGGUAGUGGGGAUGGUGAGUCGGCAAAUCGGCCGGCUACCGCCAAACAUGGGGGAAGUGGUUUUACAGGUAAACCAACCCCCGGAGGUCAACGCAGUUGUUACAACUGCGGGAAGGUGGGACAUUUGGCUCGGGAGUGUCCAUCAAAUAAACCCAAGACCAGAGCGGAAGUCCGAAUGGUGGUGGGGCGUGUCAGUGGAGGCGUGGUGAGACCAGUGACCUUUAAGUCAGCUGGUGCUAAACCGACGUUUAAGGCACGCAUCCGGAGUUUCAAGCGGAAGAAACCGGAAGUGGCCGGUCUGCCGACCACAUCGGACAGCGACACGAGCUCAGAAGACGAGCUGCCGUCAAAACGAAAGCCAGCGCCGGCACCGCCUGCACCGGAACCGGACGCACUGGAGUUGUCAGUCGGUCAUGAGGAGGCUAUGGAAUUUGGGGUGUCGGACAAUGGAGAGUGGACACCGCCGAGUUCCGACAGCGAGCCGGUAGAAGUGGAAGUCCGGGAGCCGGAGCCACCGCAACCGACUGCUAAAGUCACGCCGAAGCCGGUGGUUAAAUCGGUAGUGACUAACGUGUCGGUCGCAGCCAAAUCGGUCGCACCGAAGAAAGCGGACACCGUGGUGGAGAAGCCAAGCGGUGGAUCAAAGAAACCGGACGUGGUGCCAAGGAAGUUGGACCCCGUGCCGGUGAAAUCGGAUGCAGCGGUCAAGGUACCGGGCACCGCAGCGAAGAAGCUGGACGAAGCUUUGCGAAAACCGACAGGGCUGCCGAAGAAAUCGGAGCCAUCGGUUAGCACGGUCAAACAGCCGGGUGGUAGUAAGCCACCGCAACCGGUGGCCGGUAAUGCACCGGCCGGAGCGAAUGACCGCGGUGGCCUGAAAUGGUGUCCGGGAAAGUCGGAACCAGGAGUGCCACGCAUGGUCGGGGCGUUGAAAACGCUGCCGAUGAAGGAGACCGUCGCCAAAGCGCCGGUGAAGCGGGCUUUGGAGGACGUGAACCCGCUGGACAACGACGUGACAAUGGGGCACGAAAAGUCGUUGUUAGGACCACCAAUGGUCAAAGUUUCCAUGAUGCCAGUGACUGGUCAUGGACUGCUGCGGGUUCGGGCGUCGUUUGCUAACGAUGUGCCCAUGGAUGUCAUCCAGGUUCGGGUCGGACUGUUGGAUGGUCGGACCGGGGCGGAUAUAGUCCGUACUCGGAAGUGCAUCGUGGAAUGGAACGUCGUCAUACCGGACAAGACUGUGGGAUAUAAAGUCACCAUCCGGAGGGAAAUGCAAGUGGAAGCAUUGGACGGACGUAUUGGUUCAGCAGAUGUGAAGCUGAACCGGAUGCACUUGGUGGAGUUAAGCCUGGGCUUGUCACGGGUUGACGGUCAGGCUACGUUGAUGCGCAUUCACGACCAGAAGGUCGGGGUCACCGCCGAGGAGUUAGAGCUAGCGGCCAAGGAGUUGGAGCUGGCUUUAACCAAGAAGCAGAAAGUGUGUGUUUUGGAAGCACACCCAAAGAGAGGAGAGGUCGUGUGGUUGGCCGGAGCAGUGUUGACUGCCCCAUUGCCAAAGGUCACAAUCGAGUUGAAUGGUGUACAGUUUGAAGCGGUCGUGGACACUGGAUCUACGAUCAGCAUUGUCCAGCGUGCCCUGGUGGACCUGUUGGGAGUAGAUUUGGCUCCUUCAACCAUCGAAGCCGAGUGUGCCAACGGACAGAUGAUGGAGGCCCAGGGACAGGUGCUGUUGCAAGUGGCAACAGCUGGGCAACGGGAUAUCGUCCCAUUCAUCGUGUUCGAUGAAUUUGCCAUGAAAGGUCACGAUGUAGUGAUUGGUUGCAACAUGUUGCAACAGCUGGACCUGCUUGUGGACGUGACGUCCCAACGACUGGUCAGCGGGAACCAAGGUGGGCUGCAAGAGCCACCAAAGGUGCCGAAGCCGAACUGGACCUGUCAGCGUGGGACUACACGUGGGAAACUUUGUCGAUAGAAAGUUUUGACGUGUGUGACCUGGAGACCCGAGAUGUGG